CUAUGAACAUGUACAGUGGAUGAAAUGAAUUUACUUCCUUGUUGGUUUUGAAGAUCAAGAAAAUAAAGAUGGAGGUACCCGGAAAGAAGCGUGACCCUGACUUUGACAAGGGUUCCACUGGCGCCACUGUCUUCUGUCAGCCGUGUGGAGAGGGCAGUAAACGCGCUGUAGCCCAGGGCUACUGUCAGACCUGCGAGGAGUACAUGUGCGCUCCCUGUGUCGAAUACCAUAAGAGAUUGAAGAUGUCCAGGAACCACAUUCUGCUGUCCAAAGAUAAGAUGCCCUCCUUCUACCCGUCAACGAAGAAGUCAGCAAUCGCCGACAUGGAUUAUUGUAACCACCACCCGAAGAAGAUGAUCAAAUUUUAUUGCCCGACCCACGGAGACCUUGGCUGUGGCGACUGUGUCGUACUCAACCAUCGCAGCUGUAAAGUUGACUACAUCGCUGAGGUGGCUCAAGAAUUUGUCAUUGGAAAAGAAUUUAGAGAGCUGGAACCAUCAAUUAAACAAGCUAAAGAUCUUUUAUCCGGGCUUAUUUGUAAUGUCAAGGAGAUUUUUGGUGGUGUUGAAAACCAGUCUAAGGUUGAGAUAGAUAAACUGAGGAAGUUCCGUGCAGAAAUAAACACAUACCUGGACCGGUGCGAGAAGGAGUUGCUCGACAACAUCGAGAAGGUCAAGACCGAAGAUGAGAACGCGCUGACUGCACUUAAAACCGAUUGUGAGUUGAUGAAAAGCCGACUUGAUGCCAUAAGGACGGGACUGACUUCCGGUGACGUCUCGGUGAACCAGCGAUAUGUUACGGCAAGGCGAGGCAUGAAGGAGAUACGGGGGAUUCAUGAUGAUAUGUGGAAGAUGCCUGGUAGGAUGAAGGCCCGGAAGUACCAGUUUAAUAAGGACGCGGACACGGAGCGACUGCUGGGAUCAAAAAUGGGCAUUGGAACACUGGACGUGGCGGGGGAGUUCCAAAAGAAUUUUAAAACCACUUUACAUGUUUAAGUAUCACUUGACCC